AUGGCCUUGGAUUUAAAGUCCAGCGUAAACCGAAAGAAAAACAAGACGAGGAGUGAAACAUUGCUUGUUAAAGGCAACAAAGUAGAAGUCACCAGUGAUGAAGAAGGGUUUAAGAGAGCAUCGUACGUUGCAAAAAUUGUGAAAACUUCUUCAAAAACACAAAAAGGCAUGGUCUUGGUUGAAUAUGAGUCAUUACUUGCUGAUGAUGAAAAGACUCCGUUGAAGGAGUAUUUUGAUGCUUCCAUGAUUAGGACUUUGCCAGCAGACACCAAAAAGUUAAAAUCUUUGGAAGUUUUUGAUGUUGUUGACGUUUUUUUCAAGGAUGGCUGGUGGAAAGGUGUCAUCUCUGAAGUUCAUAAUUUUGGAGGAGAGGACAAGAAGAAGACCAUGAGAUACACUGUUGUUUUUGACAACCCAACUGACAAAAUUGAGAUUGGAUCUUCAAGUUUGAGGCCUCAUUUCGAUUGGUCUGGUGGUUCAUGGGUUAAACCCAAAAAACAAAAGAGAAUGAAAGGGUUGAAUUUUAGCAAAGGAAUGGUCGUAGUAGUGAAUAUUGAUGAAGCAAGUUUAAGAAAUGAUUGGUUCGAAGCAGCUGUUCUUGAUGAGGUAGGCUUCAAUUCUUUCCUGGUGCAGAAGCUGGGUAAUUCCGAACAUGAGAGUGGCUUUAUGAAACUAACAGUAGAUUCCUUCCACAUACGACCUCCUCUUCCUAACUUGGAGUCAGAAAACUUUGAACUCUUGGACAAAGUAUAUGUUUUUUACUGCUCAGGUUGGAGGGUUGGCUUCAUCAACAAAAUUCUUACUGAGGGAAGGUUUAAUGUCAAGGUGAAGCAUUUAAAUGUGGAAAGGGAAUUCUGUCACUCAGAAAUAAGGCCAAGCAUGGAUUUCAUAAAUGGAAGCUGGGUUCAUUAUCGCAAGGGGGCUCUUUUUCUGGACGCAAUGAAUGAUGCUUAUAGUCUAGAGCAGCCAUCAUUUGCCUUCAAUGCCAAAAGUCUAGAGAUAGCUGCUCAGCUCGAAAGUUCAAGUGCUGCCAAGGAUGACAGUAAUGAGAAAACUCCUUGCACAAAUUCGGAGAAGAAUCCAAUGGAGGAGCCUACUCUCUCACUCCCUUGCAAGAAGUCUGGAGUGGACACAUAUGCCAACCGCUUAUUUUCCCCAGAAUGUUGUGCAAAGUUAAUACCGGUUGAGAAACCCAACCAAGGAGCAGAAGUCUCCAUUACCUCACAAAAAGAACAGUCGACGCAUCAUGUGGCUUACAAUCAGCCUAUCACCGAAUAUGAGAGCCUUUCCAGGCAAAAAAAUGAGGAGCCUAACCAACAAGAAAACGUAGUUGAGAAUGAAAUGAUGAUUUCUGCAGAAGAGAGGGGCACGCAACCAAGUUCACAGGUUGCAAGCCAGCUGGUCCUAACUGCAGCAGUGCUAAUGCAGGAGACUAAUCAAACUGAAACUGGAGUUGCGGAGAAAACGUUGGUUUCUGUGGAAGAGGGGGCAGUGUCGCCACAUUCACAAGCUAAAAGCCAGCUGGUUCAAAUAGUAGAUGCAUUAGUUGAGGAGACUAAUCAACAAGAAACUGCAUUCGAGGAUGAAACAAUGAUUUCUGUGGAGGAGCAGCAGAUGCCACCUUGUUCACAAGUUGAGGCCCAGCUGGUUCAAAUAGCAGGUGUGAAGAAGCUGGAGGCCUAUCAACAUGGAACUGGGAUUGAGGAUGAGACCAUGGUUUCUGCAGAAGAUGGGGGAAUGCAACCACAUGUACAAGUUACAGCUCAGCUGGAUGUAACUGCAGGUGAAGAGGAUAAUGCUGCUUGA